UUUGGCGUGGCCAUUCCACUCGACCGUUUCCUAUAUUAUUCAUAUAUCAUACAACUUUGGUGAAACAUAACAGAAAAAAAUACAUACUACACUUCUCUCAUUCUGAAAUUCAAACUCAGAAACACAGUGAGAAAAAAGAAGCAAGAAGAAAUGGUGAAGUCUAAGGGGUUGUGUUCAAGUAGAAGUCCUUUGUGGGUUGCAGCUUUCUGUUUCAAACAGCUUAAGAAAGCUCAAAUACUUGAUACUGACAUUUCUUCUUCAGUUGAUAAAAUUAUGCAUCGUGAAAUGGAUGCAGUUUCUUAUCGGGUACUGGCAUUUCUCCUACUCGGUGUUGUAAAAAUACACUCAAAAAAGGUUGAGUAUUUUCUCAAUUAUUGCAAUGCUGCGCUAGUUAGAAUAAACAAAUUUUUGAUAAAAAAUGCACCCGUGGAAAGGAUGUGUAUGUCUAUUACAAUACCAGACCGAUUUGAAUUGGAUGCUCUCGAUCUGGGUACUAUAUUUGAAGACACUGACGAAUGCCAUAUUGCUCCGCCUGAACUAAUCACUCUCAAAGAGGUUUUGCCCGAAACUAGGGGAUUCAUGCAGUUUUCUCAGGAGAAGUUUGAGGAUUUCGGUAUCGGCGAAAGUAGCUGCUCUGUCGACCACCUUAUGACAGAAAAUGUUCAUCGUAACUUGGACUUUGAUGUUUUGCCGGCCAGAUCAUCAUUUAAUGAAUCUAAACAAGCUGAAAACGAGCAUAAUUUGGCCAUGGAAUCAUUAAGGUCAUUACACGCAAUGCCUAAUGAAAUUGUCGACGUUGAUGGAGCUGAAAAUUUUCAAGAGUUUAUAGAAAGGUCUCAGGAUGAUGAAUCCCAUAAAAAAGUAAGUGUUCAUCACGAGAAGUCUCCUGUUUUUGAAGAGAGCCUCGAAGAACACAGUGAAGGGUCUAUUGAAGAGUUUAAUAUGGCGAUGGAAACAGUAAGAUCAUUUUGCGAAAUGCAUAAUGAAAUCGUUGCCAUUGAUGGAGCCGGAAGUUUUCGUGAAAUUAUAGAAAGGACCCAGGAUGAUGAAUCCUAUCGAAAAGAAAGUGUUCAUUCUGAGAAGUCUUGUGUUGUUGAAGAGAGCCUCAACGAACUCGUUCAAGGGUCACUUGAAGAGCAUGACAAAGAAAGAAAUUUAGAAUUUGGAAAAAAGGUUUCACUUGAAGAUGAAAAAUCUAGUGUUAUUCCUUCAGAGUCAACAAUUAUUGAUGUAACUCCUCAGUCUAAGUUUCAAGGUGGUUCAAUUGGAAGACCCAAAUCAGGUGCUACUACAUUAGAGUUUAGGCUUAUUCCUACACCAGCUGAAACCGAAAGUGCUCGCUCUUCGAAGAAAAGAAAAAUUAUUAUUGAUAAAAAGACAGUCUUGUCCGAUAAGGUACUUAGAAAGCACAUAAAUGAUGCAAGUGACUUGAUCUCUGUCCGAAAACCACUUCAUUCCGCUUUGCUCGAUAAGCGGAGAAAAUUUCACAUGUCCAGUCUUCUUGAUGAAUUCAACCAAUCCUUGUUCCCUUGUUUCUCGCCAAAGCUUGAGUCCUUGUUUUCCAAUAAGAAAUUGAAACUACCAGACUCUUUUGAAAUUGUGGAAACUCAACAGAACUCAGAAUCUCAAACUGUUGGCACUGCGGAGCAUAUCGAAAUCGCUCCAAGGCGCCCUGACUCUCUUGGAAAUCUGGAAAUUCAUGAGAGGUUAGAUCGUAUAGAAACUGGUCCAGAAACCCCUCCUCUUUGUUCAAAAGUGAAAGUGAGGUCAGUCAAAGACCUAGAGAACACUGAAAUUCAAAACUCUGAUAUAGAGCAUUCAAAUCUUCAUGAAAGUAUUGAGAGAGAGCCAUCUUUGGAAAGGAGUGAUAAUAUGAUGGAAGAGUUAAAUGAAGAAACUUCCAAUUCAUAUGAAACAUUGGAGAAGGAGCAAUGCUUAAACAUGGAUGAUGAUCUUAAUCUGAUGAAUGAGGAGAUAAAUUCAUCCGAAACAAAUAAUUCAAAAUGGGCAGCUGGGUGGUCUGAGAGAACCAGGAAGGUUGCAUCAUACUUGCAAAAGAGUUUUCAAGAUCAAGGGAAACAAAAAGGGGAGGAUAUUGUGAACUUUUCACAAGUUUCAGAAGGGCGAACCAGAAAAGAAAGUGCGAGGCUAUUUUAUGAAGUACUGGUUUUGAAAACUACAAAUUAUGUGGAUGUGCAACAAAACAAUGCUUAUGGUGAUAUUGCAGUUAGGAAACUUAAAAAAUUUGAUCAAACUUUUGGAGUUGAUAGUAUGUUAAACUGACAUAAGUACAUGUCAGGAAAUUUAGAAAUAGCAAGUUGAUAGUAAUCUUGGUAGAUAUUUUUUUAAUAAUAAAUAAACUUUUGCAACUUUA